AUGAGAGAAUCUGUUUACCUCAUCAUCGUUAUUUCCGCAAAGUCCGCAAAGUUGGUCUUGACGGCUGUAGGAUGGGAGUUGGGUCUUGAUGGUGUAUCCGUCAAAGCGAACCUCUCCUUCUGGGAGCUCAAUGACGAUGGCGGAUUCUCCAAGUUGCUCGAUUUGGUACUCAGAGUAGUCCUCAGAUUGGAUCUUCUUUCCGUCAACCUUGACGCGGAUCUCUUCGUUUUGGAGUUGGGCAACAAUCUCUUGUUCUCCACGGACAACCUUGACAAUCAUCUCAUCGGAGUUCUUCUCGACCUUCUUGGAGAGAACGGCGAAAGUGGUGAGUGGGGUCUUGUAAAGGACAUCAUCGAAAGUACGGAUUUGGUUCUUUUGAACCUUGCACUCGGAUCCGGAAGCCUCGGUGAGUUGGUACUUGCCGGAACGUUGAGCGAUGGAUGGAAGAUGGACACGUGGGAUUUGGGAGUUCUUGAGCUCAACACGUUGUUCUGGGGUUUGGACGGUGACGUUAACGUAUUGACGGGAAAGUGGCUCGACGGUGACUUGAAGGACGACGCGGUUUUCCUCGUUGUCCUCUGGGCGGCUGGAGACGGUCCAGUAGUUGUAGGCCUUGACAAGGUCGAAAUAACGGGCAGCGACUUGCUCGUUUUCCUUGGUGAGUUUGUACUCAGCAACAACGUUGACUUGGUUAAGACGGGCGGCCUUGAUCAAGAGCUCGUACUCUGGGAGUCCGUUGGAUUGACGCUCCAUGUUGCGCUCGUACUUCUUUUGUUCCUUGGAUUGUUGGAGUUGAGCGUUGAUGGUGAUCUCGUUCUUCUUUUGGGAUCCCCAGGUAGAGGUGAGGGAAAGUUGAACUUCACGGUGUGGUUGUUCACGGAGUUGACGGAGGGAAGAUGGCAUCUCUGGGCGGAUGGCGAGAAGUUGGGAGCGGAGAGUCCAUUCCUUGGUCUCCUCGAAGAUUGGAGAGCGGCUAACAUCCAUGUUCCAUUGGCACAUACGGACUUGCUUGUCGCAGACGGUGGUGAGCUCGGAGUUCAUGUUGUAGUCACGUGGAGCUUCAAGCUUGAGGGUGAUAGUGUGCUUGUAUCCUUGCUCCUUUUGGAUGUUUUUGACCAUCUUGGAGAAGUACUCACGACGGUUCUCGGACUUCUCUUGCUCGAGCUCGAAUUCCUUCUCGAACAUCUCGUUGGCCUUGAUGUGGGAGAGUUCAGCCUUCUCGAGUGGGGAGACGGUAAGACGGGCAACGAAUUCAGCUGGGCGGUUCUUGUUCUCAACGGAGACCUCGAAGUCUUGCUCAGCGAGGAGCCAGUUCUCGACGGUGUGUUGGCGGAGGAUGUUUCCACGGGUGGAGAUCUCAAGUCCGAGGAAGUUGUGAACCUUCUCGAUUUCUUGGGUCUUUUGUUGCCAUUGUGGGACAACGACGGUUCUCUCCUCAGCCUCGAUGUAUUCGUACUUGGAGAAUCCUGGGUGACGGAGGAAGACGACUGGGCGGGUGGAGACGGAGACGAUAGACUUCUGGUUCUCUGGGACGAUAACCUUGUAGACGAUCUCGAAGUUCUUCUUCAAUCCAGCGACGGCUUGAAUCUUGAUUGGAGUGUAGGCACGGACGGAUUGGAGGGUCUUGACUCCUUGCUCGAAGAGUGGAGUGAACAUUCUCAUCUCGUAGACGUGGGUGGCAGCAACAGAUGGGCGGGCCUCAACGGUCCAACGGAGUUCGGUUCCUUCGAGCUCAAGGGAAACUUGUCCUUCGGCGGAAGCAACAGUUGGGAUCUUUCCGGAGACGGUCAUUGGAAGUCCAAGAGUGGUUGGGAACUUGCGGAUGACCUCGUAGAAGUAAGAAGCGUGGUGAGCCUCGAACUCGUAGUCCUUGUUGAGCAUACGGCGGAUCUCGCUGAACUCGAUCUUUCCGUUGCGGAUGAAUUGCUCAAUAGCGUCAUCGAUGAUUUGGGAGUCAAUUGGGAGGAUGGUGUAGUCCAUAUCCUUGUAGCGAAGGUAGACCAUGGCGAAGGCGUCCUUCUCGUCACGGGUGGUUGGGCGAGCACGGAUGUUCAUCUUUUGGGCGAGCUCCUUGAGAAGCUUGAUUCCGGUUUGAAUGCGGCGUCCGCGGACAACGGUGGUGGAUUCCUUCUCAAGAGACUCGAGCUUUUGGAGAGCCUUGUAGAGGUAUUGGUCCAUGUAUUGUUGGGAAAAUCCGAUUUGGGCAAAGUACUUGUUCCAGUUUCCUCCGAAGACGGCGUCAAGGGAAGCAUGGAGGUCCUUUGGCAAGACAGAGCUCUUCUCGAAGACAGCGGCGAAGUCGAAUUGAGCUCCAGAGUUGGAGUUCUCAACGAAGAGUGGAAGUUGAGCGUAGGCAGAGGCAAUCAUCUGCUCUUGUGGUUGGUAUCUGGUGAAGGAGAGAACCUUAGAGCACUUGUUGGCAACACGUUGGUUGCAUGGGUUGGUGGAUUGAGCGAAUUGACGGAUCAUCUGGUAGGUAAGAGCAGCAACUUGUUGGUUAGACUCCUUCUCCAUUUGAGAGACGACUUGGACGAGGAGUGGUUCCUCUGGGCGGGUGUGCAUCAUUCUCCAGAGAGCGAGCAUACGAAUUUCUGGCUCAAAUUGACGGUUCUUGUAGAUUGGGAGGAGAACCUUUUGGAUCUUGCGUGGCAUGGAGUCCUUGAGGAGUCUGAAGGCAUCGAUGGCUUCCUUGCGGACUGGGAGUGGUUGGCGCUUGUCAACAAUGAUCUCGUUGAGCUCGUUGACGGAGAUGUCGAGUCCAGCGUUUCCGAUGGUCUUGAGGGCCAAGAUCUUCUCGUAUGUGGUCUCAGCGUUUUGGAAUUGCUUCAUGAAGACACGGAAGAACUUCUCCUUCAUCUCACGCUUAUCCUCACGGACGAGUGGGCGGAUGUUCUUGAAGUCAACGAUUCCACGGACGACGGAUCCGGUGGCGAGCCAGACGGAUUGGCGAACCAUUUGGUUGGUCUUAGCAACACGGGAUUCGGCAAACUUGAGAAGGGACUCAGCAAUGCUUUGGGAGGCGAAUGGAGUCUCUUGGAUGGACUUGAGGAGCUUGACAGCCUCGAGUGGAGUGAUGUCCUCGUUCUCGAUGUGAACAAGAAGGUGUUGGAUGGUGUUUCUGGUUCCAGCGAUGGCAAACCAAGUUUUAAUUUCACUAACCUUCUUGUCAGCCUUGACGUAGAGGGUCUCGUGGAUCUCCUUGAGUUGGGAGGUGGAGGUGGUGCGGAAGAUGCGGACAAGACGGGCGAGGAAGUGAGCGGUCUCUGGCAUGUUAUUCUCGACCUCUUGGACUUGCUCGGUGAUGGUCUUGAUCAAUUGGAUCUUCUUGUCAAGUGGGAACUUCUCGAAUGGGGAGAACUCAGCCUUGUCUCCAUUCUUGUAGAAGUCCUCAACAAGUUGUUCCCAACGGGAAGAUUCAAUACAGAUAAUACAACUAACCUUCUUGAUGUGGUUCUUGAUGGAGUGGUUCUCCUCAAGGGCGAGCUUAGAGCGGGUCUCGGUCUUCAAGACUUCUUGUCCGUUGACGUUGACGGUGUAGAGGGAGCGGACCUCGGACUCUUGAAGUUGUUCGUUCUCCAAAACGUAGGUGUAGACGGCGGUCUCGGAACGCUCAGUGCACUUGUCGAAGUUGAUGGACUUGGUGAUGAUGGUCUUCUUCUGCUCACGGACGACGGUGUAGGCGACUUGGCAGUCUCCCUCGAGGGUCUUCUCGUUGGUGAAGAAAGAGCGGUUUUCCUCAGAGGAUUCCUUGUCAUCGUAAGACUCAAGUCUCUCCAUCUCGUUUCUUGGGGCAACUGGGUUGAAGGAGAUCAUGUUGAGAACGGCUCUCUUCAUGUUCUUGGACCACUCAGCGUCUUCCUUGUCGAAUUGGAUCUCGGAGAUGAGUCCAUUUCUGAGUUGGGCACGAACUGGGAGCUCAAGCAUUUGCUUGUACUCGUCAGAAAGCUCACGUUGCUCCAAGGAGUUCAUAGCUGGCAUUUGCUCGGACUCUGGGAGGUGGGAAGCGGCCAUGCGGAUCUUAAUGAGUUGGAGGGCAAUGGUACGGUCAUCGGCAGAUUGAAUACGGACACGGGCAGAAAUACGGGAUUGGGCAGAUUCAGAGGACUCCGUUGGGAGUCCGGAGAGAAUGAGUCCAUCGAGUUUGUAGUGAUAGUCAGUCUUUGGCUCGAAAUUGCGCUCGAAAGCUGGAGAGGAGGCGAGGGCCAAGGCCACAAGAGAGGCGAUGAUGAUCGACCUCAUGGCUGA